AUAGAAUACUUUGUAUCCUUCUCAUUUUCAACAUUGUUAUUAUUAGAUUUCUCCCUCCUAUAUAUAUAAUAUAAUAUAAUAUGACCGUAACAAUUUAUUAAAUUAGAAGAAAUAGAGUUUAAAAAAAUCCCGUCUCACCUCACUUAUUUGGUCUUCAUUCUCUCCUCUAAAUUGCUCCUUAUGGUAUUUUUGUAGGCGUGUGUCCCGAAACAAGUCAUCAAAAACCAAAAUUCCGUGUCAUUUGCAUCUCUCUACUGAUCUAUACAAAGGUCUUAAUACAAAAUUAGUGAAGCAUCAAGUAUAAGAAGGAACACCUCCAACUACUUCAUCUUGCUUCAACUAUCAAUUUCUCUUCUUAUCACAAUCUCCUUUUUAUCCCAUAAAACUUUCCCUCUUGGAGGAAGUAUAAAGCAAAUUAUACUCCCUUAAAGAAACCUCCUUUUAUUUCACCACUUCUGGGUACUGUAUGAUCAAGGGGCAAUGGAAUCAUUUCUUCUAAAUUCUUGCUUAAUAAAUACUUCCAUGCGUUUUUAACGCUACUGUAUGAAUUAUGAUCUAGGGGCAAUGGAAACAUGAUCGGUCUCAAUUAUAUUUGUCUUUGCAUGAUUUGAUUUAUAUGAGGAUAAUUUGGGAUUUUACACAUUGCUAAACAAUGCGAAACGAGCUAUGGUUUGCACUGCCAAUGAUUUACUGGAGUGGAAGGAUUUCCCUAAAGGCCUUAGGAUCCUUCUCCUUGAUGAAGACUGGAAUUCUGCAGCUGAGAUAAAAUCUAAGCUUGAGAAAAUGGAGUUUAUAGUUAAUGCAUUUUCGAGUGAGCAUGAAGCUUUAUCUGCAAUUUCAAGUAAAACCGAGAGCUUCCAUAUCGCCGUUGUAGAGGUGAGUAUACAUAAUCAUGAUGGGAGAUGCAACUUUUUGGAGACUGCAAAGGAUCUUCCAACAAUCAUGAUAUCAAAAGAGCAUUGCUUGAACACCAUGAUGAAGUGUAUAGCGCUAGGUGCAGUUGAAUUUCUUGUAGAACCAUUAUCGGAGGAUAAACUUCGAAAUAUAUGGCAGCAUGUAGUUCAUAAGGCAUUUAACACGAGUGGAAGCGGAAAAUCAGAAUCACUCAAAUCUGUCAAGGAUUUUGUGGAUUCCAUAUUGGAAAUUCAGCAAGAAAGUGUUGCGAUACAAACACACGUUUCUGAAGAACCAAUCGUUGAUACAGAAGUGGACGUAGGUGAUCAUGACCCGUCAGCCGCUGGUGACAAGUUCGCUGCUCCUUCAACUCCUCAAAUAAAACAAUCCGGAAGAUCCUUGGAUGAUGGAGACUAUCAAGAUCAAACCAACAACUCUUCGGUCAAGGAGGGUGGGGAAUUUGAUGGGGAAACGAAAUUUGUCAAUAAUACAUAUGAUGGCAACUCAUUUGCCAAGAUGGACAAGGAUCCACCUCAGUCGACAUCUGUUGGAGCUAUCAAAGAGGAGGUGGAGGAUCGCAGUGAUGUUUCCCGGGGUACGGAUGAUUCCGUACCUAUGCCAUGUGACAAAAAGUAUACUAAUGAUGUUGGUACCAAUAGUGGGAGCUCAAUAAAGGGAUCUUCUCAUAAUGUUUGUGGAACGAAGAGUAGCCGGAAAAAACUGAAGGUAGACUGGACACCGGAUCUCCAUAAAAGAUUUGUACAAGCAGUGGAGAAACUUGGUGUUGAUCAAGCCAUCCCUUCUCGAAUAUUAGAGCUUAUGAAAGUGGAUGGAUUGACGAGACAUAACAUAGCCAGUCAUCUUCAGAAAUAUAGAAUGCAUAGAAGACACAUUUUGCCUAAGCAAGAAGAACGAAGAUGGCCGCACCCUAGAGAUUCAACACCAAGGAAUUACUAUCCUCAUCAUAGACCUGUGAUGGUAUAUCCUCCCAAUCAGAACAACCAUGCCUACCUAUCCGGGCAAGUCUACCCCAUGUGGGGUCAGCAGGGUUUUCAGCCGCCUGGCUUUCCUGUUUGGGGAUCCCCAAGCUAUCCCUGGCAGCCUGCUGAAAAUUGGCCUUGGAAGCCUUACCCUCCGAUGCAUGCUGAUGCUUGGGGUUGCCCUGUAAUGCCAGCUCCAGUAUGCCCAACCUCGGCUUUCCAAGUACAAGGUGCAUAUGGGUUCCACAGUCCUGAUAGCUACGGGAAGAAUUCUGCUGAUAUAAACCCGUGGGAGGAAGUUAUUGACAAAGUGGUGAAGGAAGCAAUAAACAAGCCAUGGUUGCCACUACCAAUAGGCCUUAAGUCACCAUCUACUGACAGUGUCUUAGCUGAACUCUCCAGGCAAGGGAUUUCCAAUAUCCCUUCCAACAUAUAUCAAUGCUGAUCUGGCACAUUAUUGCGGCUGGGUCCCACGAGGCGGAAAAAGGAGGAUUUGAUACUGUACAACACCUCAGUUGACAAGCGUCAUGGUCCUAGUAUAAAGCUGAUUUUUUUCGAUCGAACGAUCAUCGUUAAGCCACGUAUAAAAUGCUAGAACCACAGAGGUUUUAGUGGUUGUAAAUAGAGCUGACAUGAAGAUGGAUAGAUAUUUGGGUAGGUCAGGGGAAAUAUAUGCUCAGACUGAUCAUAAUGAAAAGGGGGGUUGAUAGAUAGUGUGAAUGUGAUGGGUGCAUAAUUGUUCAAUGUUUGUUUGUUGUUGGUGGAAUGAAGAGGGGUGGGUCCUACAUAUCUUAUAUAGGGAGGGUACUAUUUUCUGAGCAGCUUGUCCCUUAAUUUGUAGGGCUAACGACUAAUAAUUUUUCCCAUUGAAAAACUUAGGGUAUUACUAAAUAUCUUUUUUUAUUUUAUCGCUAUUAUAUAUAUAUAAUGAAUUUUCAAGAUUGUCCCUGCAUAAUUUUCGAACUCAAAAACUGUAAUAUCUCUCUAAAACUCUCUAAAAAUACUAUGUUAACUUAAACAAGCUAAUAGUGUACAUCGAAUAACAAUGGCGAAUCAAAACGAGCUUGAUAAUGAUUCGGUAAAUAAUUAAUCGAUUCGAAAUUUUUCAAAAAAAAAAUUUUUCCAGAACCCCCAGUUGCACAAAAUGUGCGACCAGACCUAGGGAUAGUCGCAUUUUUUGUGCAACCCCUCCUAAGUCAA